AUGGCACCUCAACCGCAUAUCAAGUUAUACACAGACUCAACUCCUAAUGGCAUAAAGAUCACCACAGCACUGGAAGAGCUUGGGCUCCUUUAUGAGUUAGAGCACCUCGACAUCAGCACUCUUCGCCAAAAGGAGCCAUGGUAUCUUGAGAUCAACCCCAAUGGCCGCAUUCCUGCCAUUGUCGACACAUUUGAUGACGGCGAGUCAAUUAGAGUGUUUGAAGGUGGAAGCAUUGGACCUAUGCAAGGCCAGUCGUCCCAUUUCCUCCGCUAUGCGCCCACCAAAAUUCGGUAUGGUAUUGACCGAUAUGUCACUGAGACAAAGCGGCUGUACAAUGUCCUUGACGUUCAACUUUCGAAAUCCAAGUCUGGAUUUUUAGUGGGAGAUCACAUCUCAAUUGCAGACAUCGCGGCCUUGUCUUGGGUAAUCUUUGGCCCCUACGUGGACGUUCCCUUGGAUCUUUUCCCAAAUCUGCAAAAGUGGGAAGCAAUGCUGAGCGCAAGACCUGCUAUCACUAGAGGAUUCCACAUCCCCAAGGUAUUGGGCAUCAAGAGCGAUGACCCGGAAGGCGCUGCAAAGUACCAGCAACGUCAUGCCGACUGGGUGUUUAAGGGCAUGCAGGCCGACCAGCAGGCCUUUGGCCAAAAGUAA